UCACUCAAAAAUCAGCCGUUUCCCGUCAAGCGUUCCUCCCCGCUGAUCUCCCGUUCGUCCUGCGCGAUCAACGAGCUCAUCUAUGAACUAACCUUCAAGCAGGUUUUUGUUCGUUGCACCAGUUCUGACCGGAUCUGUCGCUUAACCUCGAUCGGGAUCGAGUGGCCGUUGAGACUCGACCGUCGCUCCGGCUCGGCGUUGUACGUAAAAAGUGGCUUUACGCUCCUUACCCCGGCCUACGAUGGAUGUGUUGUCACGCACUGCUGGUCACUCGACGGAGAACGGACACGGACACGAAUUGCGGAUCGUCACGGAAAUCGAUUGUACUCCUCCGGAAGCAGUAGCGGACUGUACCGGUUUGGUUUGGUUUGAUCCGGUCACGAUCGAUCUGUCCCUAUGGUAUCCCGUUCCGUCCACGGACGCCCGUCCUGCGAGCGAUAGACGACAGACGACAUCGAUCUCCUCAAAAGCGGCAAUGUUUUUCGAUCCCGUCGUCAGGCAUGCAAAGGCGGCGGCGAAUUGGGCAACGUCCGUAGGAAUCGAUGCGAACGGAACGGACAAUCCGACAAGCAUCCCACUCAUCCCAUCCGUCCAUCCAUCAAUCCAUCCAGUUCGGAGUCCACCGCAUCACCGCCUCCCACUCGACGCAUCACUCCAUCCCAUCCCCACACGCAUGCAUACAUGCACCCAUUCCUUUUCGCUCAGCCCUCCGCGCCUCAUUCCGGCCCCCGGCCCGCCCCUUCCCAGCUGUCCAGCCUUCUUCCCUUCACCCCAUGUCACCAGUCCGCCAACCCCACCCGUCCCAAAAAAAACACCGAUCUUCCCCGUUCCCACCGGAGUCGACCACCGCCAGACCAGGAAAGGAAUCCGUGUCCACGAUGGCACAAGACGGGGGCUUCUGAGUCGGGGGAUUCCGGGCGCAGAACGGCCGAGUGAGUCUCCGUGUGCAGGGUCAGGAUAUCUUUCCAUCAUGUCAUGUGGGGGAGGGGUGGCGGCGGCGGCAUCUAUCGGAACGGUCGGAACAUAUCGGCAUGGUGGCGGGUCCGGACCAGGCUGGGCUGGGUUGUGGGUUGUGUGUGGGUGGGCUGAUAUCCGGCAGCGAUUUUCACAGCGAUCCUGCUUCUCUCUCAGGAACGUUUUGCGCGAGAGGAAGAGAGAAGAAAGAAACAUUUCAAACCGGGCGAUGAACCACUGGUAUUCUUAUAGGCACACCCUCGGUCCCUCCCAUUUCAGCUCUAUACCCCCUUUCCCUCCGUCCCUCCGUCGCUCCGUCCGCGGGCCCAACGUCAUUACAGCCCUCGAAGACCUUUUGAGGGUUUCGGUCCUGGCGAGGGGAAUCGAGGAUUCCUAUAGACAUCGCGGGAUCGGGGAGAGUGAUCGAGUAGAUGGCCCACCUCCACCACCCACCACCGUCUUUUUCCCGAGAUGUGAUGUGAUGUGAUGAGAUGAGCACUGCCUGCUGGCCUCACCGCAUAAAAUGAAAAGUGAUGAAAUGAAACGAAACGGCACAUGGUGCUGUGCUGUGCCUCCCGGCGCUAGAAGAACACGUGAAU